CAUCAGCACCUGUGGGUGGCGUGGGAAUGGGAGUUCUCUGGACCGGCCCAGCUCAGGAAGUUAGAACCUGGGAGGAACACCAGUGAAUAGGACCAGGGCAGGCUACCCCUCCCCACCGUGAGCGGCCCCUUCCUGCCGUGGGCUGCUGUGGCCGAGAACAGCCCCAUGGAGGGGCAUGUUGGGGACCACGUGGCCUGCAGCGAGGCGACGUGAUUCCAGGGUGGGGCCUGGUGGUUCCAUUCACAGCUGCGUGCCUGGGCUCCUGCGUCCCUUGCCUGGCCAGCACAGUGCUGGCUUCCACAGGCCUGUAGCCUUGCCUCUUGGCCGGCUAGGGCAGCCAGGGUGCAUGCCCAUGCCAGGCAAGACCAGUCUGAGUCCACUCUGCUGUUCAGACAGCCCAGCCAGUGGCAUGGCCCCCAGGAGCCCAGACUCUGCGCCCCUGCUCAGGACAGCCUCCGCCUCCCCGACCCUGGGCUGUCUCCUGCCCACUUCCCAAGUGAGGGAUGUAGCCGCCUCCUGGGAGCAGAAUGAGGAGAGGAAGCACCUGUGGACACAGACAGAUGGGCCGGUCCUGCCUCUAAGGCAGCUCCCAGGAAUGGCCUACUAUUGAGGAGUAUGACCUCCAUGUGGAGUCUUCCCUUUUCCCUGAGCUUCUGGCAGCCCCUGCCUCAGUACUAGAAGCUCCAAGAGAAACCCAUGGUAGGAGGAAGCUGACACCCAUGGCUGACCUGUCUGCCCCUGGGAGAGAGCUUAGGGCUGCCAGGACUUCUCUGUGCACAUCCUUGACUGACUCUGCGGAGGGUGGGGCCGAAACCCUGUUUCUGUGGGUGGGGAGGUGGCUGUGUCCCCUGUGCUCUGCUGAGCCCUGGGUGGUGAGCCCUGGGUGGCUGCAGGUCCCUGCAGGAUCCCCCAUGAGUGGGGGUAGGGCAAGGCAGUUAUUUUCAGAUGGUGCCAGAGGGCGGAGUUUCAGAUUUGUUUAUGCCUGUCGGAGGCACUCUGGGGCUAGGGAUGGGGUGCCCAGCUCAGCACUGACGUUCAGGACACCUGGCCAAGAGGCGCCUCAGAUAUCCCUGUGCUGCUGCGCGGGGUUCACUCUGUAGCCCCAGGCAGGCCGGGGCACUGUAGCUUUUUCCAGGGGAUCCAGGAGGGGUGCAGGCACACGGCGCACGGUGGUCCUCCGCAGGCCUGCGGUCCUCGGCUGGCCGAAUGUGCCAGCCCACACACAGGAGGGGGCAGUUCACACCGAGGGCUGGCCCGAGGAUUGUCAGGGCCACACCAGGCAAAGCCAGCGCUAUUAAUAUCAGGCAUACACAAGCCCCCAGCUGGGUGAUCCUCUUAUGCCUGUGGCCUUGGCCUCUGAGGACGGCAGUGAGUGCUGUUCCCUCAGUGCGGUGGGGGCUCCAAGGGCCUCCUAGCUGCUGUGCCUCUGCUGACAUUUGGCAGGCAGCUUCUGCCAGCCAAGGGUCUUAGCCCCAGCCCCCCGGCUCUGCACCCACUGUGCUGCCCACAGGAGUGGUCCUGCCCAUGGAAGGGCCAGUUCAGGUGGCCGGAGCUCCUGAGCUGCCCUAGGGGACUGCUGUGGGUCUGAGGUGGUGAUGUCCCCCACGGCUGCCUGUGCCUGAGCCCCCGCGCAUCCACCCCUGGGGCCACUCUGCUGUUCAGGAGCACCCACCCAUGUCCUCGACCAUGAGCAGCCCCCCAGCUUACCCUGGCAUCAGGAUCUCAGGGUGCCGGGCCCUUGGAGCAGAAGGCAGCAGCAAUGCAGAGUCCCUGGACAGGCUCCUGCCACCUGUGGGCACCGGGCGCUCUCCCCGGAAGCGGACCACCAGUCAGUGCAAGUCAGAGCCUCCCCUGCUGCGCACAAGCAAGCGUACCAUCUACACCGCGGGGCGGCCACCCUGGUACAAUGAGCACGGCACGCAAUCCAAAGAGGCUUUCGCCAUCGGCUUGGGAGGCGGCAGUGCCUCUGGGAAGACCACUGUGGCCAGAAUGAUCAUUGAGGCCCUGGAUGUGCCCUGGGUGGUCUUGCUGUCCAUGGACUCUUUCUACAAGCCUCCCCUACCAGGUGCUGACUGAGCAGCAGCAGGAGCAGGCCGCACACAACAACUUCAACUUCGACCACCCAGACGCCUUUGACUUCGACCUGAUCAUUUCCACCCUCAAGAAGCUGAAGCAGGGGAAGAGUGUCAAGGUGCCCAUUUAUGACUUCACCACGCACAGCCGGAAGAAGGACUGGAAAACACUGUAUGGUGCAAACGUCAUCAUCUUUGAGGGCAUCAUGGCCUUUGCUGACAAGACACUGUUGGAGCUCCUGGACAUGAAGAUCUUUGUGGACACAGACUCCGACAUCCGCCUGGUACGGCGGCUGCGCCGGGACAUCAGUGAGCGUGGCCGGGACAUCGAGGGUGUCAUCAAGCAGUACAACAAGUUUGUCAAGCCCUCCUUCGACCAGUACAUCCAGCCCACCAUGCGCCUGGCAGACAUCGUGGUCCCCAGAGGGAGCGGCAACACGGUGGCCAUCGACCUGAUCGUGCAGCACGUGCACAGCCAGCUGGAGGAGCGUGAACUCAGCGUCAGGGCUGCGCUGGCCUCGGCACACCAGUGCCACCCGCUGCCCCGGACGCUGAGCGUCCUGAAGAGCACGCCGCAGGUACGGGGCAUGCACACCAUCAUCAGGGACAAGGAGACCAGUCGCGACGAGUUCAUCUUCUACUCCAAGAGACUGAUGCGGCUGCUCAUCGAGCACGCGCUCUCCUUCCUGCCCUUUCAGGACUGCGUCGUGCAGACCCCGCAGGGGCAGGACUAUGCGGGCAAGUGCUAUGCGGGGAAGCAGAUCACCGGUGUGUCCAUUCUGCGCGCCGGUGAAACCAUGGAGCCCGCGCUGCGCGCUGUGUGCAAAGACGUGCGCAUCGGCACCAUCCUCAUCCAGACCAACCAGCUUACCGGGGAGCCCGAGCUCCACUACCUGAGGCUGCCCAAGGACAUCAGCGAUGACCACGUGAUCCUCAUGGACUGCACCGUGUCCACGGGGGCCGCGGCCAUGAUGGCUGUGCGCGUGCUCCUGGACCACGACGUGCCUGAGGACAAGAUCUUUCUGCUGUCGCUGCUCAUGGCAGAGAUGGGCGUGCACUCAGUGGCCUAUGCAUUUCCACGAGUGAGAAUCAUCACCACGGCGGUGGACAAGCGGGUCAAUGACCUUUUCCGCAUCAUCCCAGGCAUUGGGAACUUUGGCGACCGCUACUUUGGGACAGACGCGGUCCCCGAUGGCAGUGACGAGGAGGAAGUGGUCUACACGGGUUAGCCGCCCAGUGAGCCAUCCCGUCCCCACCACCCUCCUCCUGCCUCCUGACCCGGGACUGCUGAAUACAAAGAAAGAUGUUAAUUUUUAAAAUGUUACCAGUAUAAUUUAUUCUAUGCAUUUUAUAAAAUAAAUAAAGCUUUAGAAAAAUGAA